CAAACAGGAUCACGAGAAAAAAGUAAGGUUGAUGCGAAGUAAUACUCGAUAAGAGAAGCAAUACCUUUGUCAUUUCUGUGUCCGUGCUGUUGAAAGAAACAUUUAGUCUGUGUGCUCUUGCUAAUUGUUGAAACAAAAAGAAAGCCAGCAUAAACCAGCAGCAGCAGCAACUCCAGAGGGACCGUGUGCGAAUUGAAAUUUUGUAUAGUGUUGUAGAGCACAUAAAUUGAAGGAAGCACAACAAGAACAACAACAACAGCAGGCAGGCAACAUGGCUCAGGAAGUACAGGAUAUGCCCACAUUCAAGUGCGUGCUGGUCGGCGACGGUGGCACCGGCAAAACAACUUUCGUCAAACGUCACAUGACCGGCGAAUUUGAAAAGAAAUAUGUUGCCACACUGGGCGUUGAGGUGCAUCCAUUGAUCUUUCACACCAAUCGAGGCGCCAUCCGUUUCAAUGUGUGGGACACGGCCGGACAGGAGAAAUUUGGCGGUUUGCGCGAUGGCUAUUAUAUACAGGGACAAUGUGCCGUCAUUAUGUUUGAUGUAACAUCGCGUGUCACCUACAAGAAUGUGCCCAACUGGCAUAGGGAUCUGGUGCGCGUCUGCGAGAAUAUACCGAUUGUCCUUUGUGGCAAUAAAGUUGAUAUCAAGGAUCGCAAGGUCAAGGCCAAAAGCAUUGUGUUUCACCGAAAGAAAAACUUGCAGUACUACGACAUCUCGGCAAAAUCGAAUUACAACUUUGAGAAACCAUUCCUUUGGCUGGCCCGCAAACUGGUCGGCGAUCCAAAUCUGGAGUUCGUGGCAAUGCCGGCACUGCUGCCACCGGAGGUCAAAAUGGAUAAAGACUGGCAGCUGCAAAUUGAGCGCGACUUGCAGGAGGCGCAGGCGACCGCCUUGCCCGACGAGGAUGAGGAUCUAUAAGCUAUAGCUCUAUACUGAAUAUAAACAAUAAAUGAAUGAAGAAAAGCAAACAAAACAGCA